GUUACGGAAAUUGUUUUUGAUAGUGACGUGUCUGUCAAUUGAUGAAAUCGGAUGAAAUAGUGUCUGUGAAAUGUAUGGACCUUGUAACAAAACGUGGUUGCUACGCUGUUUUGGUAGUAAUGGUGUGAAAUUAUGUUGUGCGUGUGCAGUUUUGGAAGAAAACUUUUUGUUGACAUAAAUUAGAGUUUCAUCGCGGAGCCAUCGCAGCAAAGAUUCCGAUUUUUGUGCAUCUCAUCGUGCUGCUAAUUUGCGGUGAAGUUUGAUGCCCCUAUUUUACAGCCCAUUUCAAAUUCGGCGCCUUGCUGGUGAUGUGGAAGGAGAAACAAGCGAACAGCGCAUGUGAUUGAGAAGAAUGAGGGCAAAGGUAGAGACGGCACUACUCAUCGGUCACUUCGUACCCCUUUAAUUUAGCAAAUAGCUUUUUGUGGGACGUCGGUCGGCUCUAAUCGAAUCCUCGGCGUACAUGCAACGGAGUGCCACGACCACCGGGCUGCCCUAGAGCUCAUCAAGUGCCACUUGCAGCAACUCAAUCAAAAUGGAUCCCCAAGCUGGACCUCCACCAGGAAUGCCUCCAUUCUCCGGACCUGCAAGGCCACCCAUGACACUCCCAAAUGGCCAGCCCCCCUGGGUCCAACAACAGCAGUUUUCGGCGCCUCCAGUGAACGGACACCACAACCAGCAGCAGCAACAGAUGAGGCCCCCACAGAGUGGACCCUACCCUCCACCCCCAGGCGUCAAUGGGCCCCCGCCUUUCAUGAAUGGUCCCCAGAAGCCGCCUCCCCAGUUCCAAAAUGCAAGGCCGUCUCCAGUACCUGUAGAUUCGCCAAACAGGAACUCUCCGUUGAUGAUGGGGACUAACAAAGAUGUGCCUGGGCCUUUCUCUGGACCACCUCAAUCGCAAGCAGGCUUCCAACCUCGACCACCUAUCACAAUGCAGCAGCCAUUUCCCAACUCACAAUCUCCUUUUCCUGGUCAAGGUCCACCUCCACCUGGUGUCGGCAGUCAAGGCCCACCUUACCUGCAAGGAGGGCCUCCUCGACCUCCGUUAAAUCUUGGUGGUCCAAUGCAAGCACCACCCAUGGGCAUGCCACCUUUCUCAGGUCCUGCUAGCCCUCCACAAGCACCACCUGGGGCGAAUAUUCAGUACACUAGCCCUUCAGGGCCUCCUUCAUUUUCCAACCCCAAUCAACCUCCAACGAGCAUGCCUUACACGUCCACUCCCUCCGCUCCUCCAGCAGCACCUUUGAAUCAGCCAGUAGCAAUUUCCAGUGCUAAUUAUGGCUCUGCAUUGCCCACUCCAGCAUCAUACUCCACCCCUGCAAUGCACCAGCAGACGCCUGCACCUCAGCAACAACCAGUGGCUCAGCAAGCUCCGCCUAUGGCCAAUCGAUAUCCUCCGCAAAAUUCAGCUCAAUCGCCAGUUUACCCUUCCCAACAAACCGCCAGGUCCCCUGUUUUUCCACAGCCAACCACAAAAUCCAUGGACGGACUGACAACGCAAAUGGGUUCGAUGUCUGUUACUCAACAAGGAUUCAAUCGACUGUGGGGAAACAUGGAAACGUAUGACCUGAUGCAAAUGAGGAACAUCUUACCUCCAACCAAAGUGGAGGCUCCGAGAGUCAACCUGCAGCAUUCAUUUGUUGACGCCCAGAACUGCAGCCCAGAUAUCUUCAGAUGUACAGUCACUAAAAUUCCCGAGACCAAGUCAAUUCUAGAUAAAUCCCGACUACCUCUUGGAAUACUAAUUCAUCCAUUCAAAGACCUAAGUCAACUUCCUGUAAUCCAGUGUAAUACCAUUGUUCGUUGUCGAGCCUGUCGGACGUACAUCAACCCUUUUGUGUAUUUUAUUGAUCAUCGACGUUGGAAAUGCAAUAUUUGCUUUAGAGUCAAUGAAUUGCCGGACGAAUUCCAAUAUGACCCUGUUAGCAAAACAUACGGCGAGCCUACAAGGAGGCCUGAAGUCAGAUCAGCCACAAUAGAAUUCAUCGCCCCUUCGGAGUACAUGGUGCGGCCGCCGCAACCUGCCGUCUACCUUUUUGUUCUUGAAGUGUCUCGAGCUGCUGUUGAUACAGGAUAUUUGAAACUUGUGUGUGAUAUUCUUUUGGAGGAACUAGACAACCUACCUGGUGACUCGAGAACACAGAUCGGCUUCAUCACCUACGAUUCUGCAAUCCAUUUUUACGAACUGGCUGAGGAUGCACAGCAACCGCACAUGAUGGUUGUAGGAGAUAUCGACGACAUUUUUCUUCCUUGCCCUGAAAACCUUCUGGUAAAUCUGCACGAAGAUUUCGAACUGGUGCGAGACCUCUUGGCUGAGCUACCUAACAAGUUCCAAGGCAAUCCAGAGCCUAGCUCAGCCCUAGGUGCUGCAUUGCAGGCAUCGUUUAAGUUGAUGGGUUCAACUGGAGGACGAGUUACGGUUUUCCAAGUGACUCUACCCAGUUUAGGUCCAGGAGCGCUGCAACCCCGUACAUCUGGAGGCUCCAAAGAUGCUUCCCCUCUGCUCAACCCUGCCAUUGACUUCUACAAGCGUCUCGCUCUGGAGUGUUCAGCACAACAGGUCGCUGUGGAUCUAUUUUUGUUAAAUUCGCAGACUGCCGAUCUAGCCACCAUCAGUGGAAUUGCUCGGUUUAGUGGCGGCUGCAUUAACCACUUCCCUGAUUUCCAUGCUGCUAGUAAACUUCAUUCAGAACAAUUAACUCGCUGUUUCCGGAGAUAUUUGACUAGGAAAAUUGGCUUAGAGGCUGUGAUGAGAGUUAGAUGCACAAGGGGCCUUGCUAUUCAUACAUUCCAUGGAAACUUCUUUGUAAGGUCAACAGAUUUGUUGUCACUGCCAAACGUCAGCCCAGAUUCUGGUUUUGGAAUGCAAUUGGCCAUUGAGGAAAACCUUUCUGAUAUGCAAAACGUCUGCCUCCAAGCAGCUUUGCUUUACACAUCCAGCAAGGGAGAAAGGAGGAUACGAGUGCAUACACUUUGUCUGCCGAUUGCCAGCAAUAUUUCUGAAGUCAUAGCUUCUGCUGACCAGCAGUGCAUUGUUGGACUUCUAACAAAAAUGGCGGUUGAUCGUUCUCAGUCGUCUUCACUGUCCGAUGCGCGCGAAGCGUUUAUCAAUGUUGCUGUUGACGUUUUGUCUACAUUUAGAGCAACUCAAAACAUGGGUGGAGCAGGAAGUGGCCUGCUGGCUCCUCACAGUCUUCGACUCCUCCCUUUGUAUAUUGUGGCCUUGCUUAGACAUCCUGCAUUCAGAGCAAGCUCGAACGUCCGAAUUGACGAUCGGGUCUAUGCCAUGUGCCAGUUCAAGUCAUUGCCACUUGAUUCGCUGAUGCAAAGUGUAUUCCCAGAUUUGUACCCUCUACACUGCUUGACUGAUGAGGGAGCUCUGGAGAUCGAAGGCAAGGUGAUUCCACAGCCACCAAGACUCCACUUGUCAGCAGAGAAACUGGAUUCGAGAGGCCUAUUCCUUAUAGAUACCGGCGACAGUUUAAUCAUCUAUGUUUUGCGAAACAUCAACCCUGCUCUUUGCCGUGUUCUCUUGGGUGCCAACUCCUUUGAAGCCAUCCCCGAUGUCAUGACUGAGUUACCAGUGCUUGACAACCAAGACUCUGAACGGAUGAGAGCGUUUGUGAAUUACUUGAAGGAGAUCAAGCCGUAUCCGCCUCCUCUGCAGAUUAUCAGAGAGGACAGCAAGUACCGCAGCAGGUUCAUGCAAUACCUGCUCGAGGAUCGUUCUGAGUCAUCACUUUCGUACUAUGAAUUUUUGCAACACUUAAAAACACAAGUGAAGUGAUAGAUGUUCACAUGUCUGGACUGAAGCUAAAUGAGCGCACUUUUAGCCGAUCAGUUACGUUGUCUGCUUCGUUUUUGUAUUGGGGUGUGUAAAAUGCAUUGCUCUCUGAGGGAAAGCCUCACUCACUACAUAUUCAUUUUCCAACAACGUUCAACAAGAUCGGUCUAUAUCCGCCAUAAAUUUUAAACGCAUGAAUUCCGGCGCCACGUUAUGUUGAUUAUGUUCACCGAUGUUGGGUGUGUGUUCCUUUUAUACUGUUAUUCUGAUGGCAACUCAACUGCUUUUCUUUGUUUCAAGUUGCCGUUGUUAUCAAUAUUAUUAAAAUAUUCGAUACCAAAUUUAUUGAUUCACUCAAAGUACUGUAUUUUAAUCAAAGACUUUCCAAAAGAAAAUAAUGUGAACAUGGCCACGAUCCGAGUCAACGUAGCAAUAAAAUUGGAAUUGUUGAUUUUGAUUUCGAACAUAGCAGCGUGUAAGUGUUGAUAGUGUACGUGGAAACGCGGUGAGAAUGAUUUUGCAAUGAUUAUGAAAAUAUAUUUGCCUUAUCAAAAAAAAAACUUUAUUUUACUCA